AUGAGGCCACCAAGCACAGCCGCCGCCACUGCUGCUACCCCGCCUGCCGCUGCCGCAGGGGUACAACGAUGGAACUCUCCCAUCGCUUACCUCCUUGGAAGCCUGGGUCUAAUGCUGGGCGUUGUAGCCCUUGCCUUGGUAAUUCUAGUUUGCACUUUCAAAAGAUCUCGUAAUUCAUCGAUUGACACCGACAAAAUGCCGGCAAGGCCGGUGCCUGUGAUGCCGCUGGAGAUGGAGCCGCGGAUCGUCGUAAUCAUGGCCGGAGAUGAGAAUCCGACUUACCUUGCCAAGCCCGUGUCUCCUAACCGGCAUGCUGAACCGGCCUGA